AUGGAGUCCUUCACUCAACACGCAGAUAUCCUUUUGGGGGCAGUUUUUGUUGUCCACUCUGGCUUUGAGUUUCAACAACCGUCAUUCCAGGAGCAUCCAAAGCCUGCUUUAUGUACUGGGUUCCACAUCCGUUAUUACCGGGAUGUCCUAGGGGUCAUGUUUGCAAUUGAGGAAAUCAACAAGUCUGCAGACCUGCUGCCUAAUAUCACACUUGGCUUCAGUCUCGUGGACUCAUGCAUGUCCGAACUCAGGGCUGUUGGAGGAGCUUUGUCCCUGCUGGCUGGGGUUAGAACCCCCUCUCCAGGAUUUGAUUGUCACUUCCGCUCUUUCAUGGUUGGGAUUAUAGGAGAACUGGUAUCUGCCUUAUCGCUUCCAAUUGCCCAGAUCCUUGGGGUCCUCCACUAUCCACAGAUCAGCCAUGGAGCAACUCUUGCGGCUCUAAGCAAUAAAAUCAAUUUCCCAUCAUUUUUGCGAACAUCACCCAGCAACAGGUUUCAGAGUGUCGCUUUUACUCAGCUCCUUGGUCUAUUUGGAUGGACAUGGGUGGGGAUGGUGGUUGUGGACAACGACGUGGGGAAUCAGGGUGCACAGGCCAUCCAAGCUGCCAUAGAGAGAAGUGGAGUUUGUUUAGCUUUUUUGGAGAAAAUCCACCUGAGUUAUUCGGCAAAGCAGGUAAAGAGAGUGGUAGAUGUCAUUAAGGAAAGUUCGGCCAGUGUGCUCAUACUCCAUGGCCCCGAGGUCCAUGUGAAGACUCUGCUUGACACUAUGUUUGACGAGGGUGUGACUGGAAAAAUUUUCAUGUCUUCGGCUUCCUUUGGAAUGACGCCUGGCCUCUUCUCCAAAAAAGCCUGGAAGGUUUUGAAUGGGACAAUUGGGUUUAUUGCUAAUACAGGAACUAUGCCAGGCUUUGAGGAAUUUCUCCUUCACCUUCACCCAAGUGGUAACUCUACAUAUCCAUUCACGAGGCUUUUCUGGGAGAGUACAUUCAACUGCAGGUGGCCUAGAGGAGAUUUAGAACCUGAUAACUCAACUGGCCCUGACAUAAAGGAGAAAGUGUCAUGUACAGGGGCAGAAGAGUUUGGAGAGAAAAUGCCAUACUUGUUUGAGACAAAUAACCUCAGUUAUACCUAUCACGCCUACCUGGCUGUAUACGCCUAUGCUUAUGCACUACACUCUCUUCUUGGCUGUCAUACUAAAGAAAAGGGGGGUUUUAAUAAUGCACCCUGUGAGGAUAUUACUGCUGCACAGCCCUGGAAGGUGCUUCAUUACCUCAAGAGAACCAGUUUCUAUGGCAAAUCAGAUCAAGCUGUAACAUUUAAUUCUGACGGGGACCUCCCGCCAUCCUAUGACAUCAUCAACAUUCAAAUCAUUAAUAAUAGCUUCAAUCUGGUGAAAGUUGGGAGAUUUGAUCCGGAGGCCAAGUUGGGCGACAGAAUUACACUGAACAUCAGCGCUGCCUUGUGGAAUGAGCACUUCCCACAUGUGCCAGUCUCUGUCUGCAGUGAGAGCUGCCACCCUGGGCAGCGGAGAGCCCCUCAGACACGCAGACCCAUCUGCUGCUAUGACUGUGUUGCUUGUCCUGCUGGUGAGGUGGCCAAUGGCACAGAUGCAGACAAGUGCCUUAGAUGUCCUUUUGACCAAUGGUCCAGCAAUGAACGAGAUCGGUGCAUCCCAAGGGUGGUAGAAUUCCUGGCAUAUGAAGAGCCAUUGGGAAUUAUGUUGGUUGCAAUGGUCGUUUCUUUCUCAACGCUCACUCUCUGCAUCUUAGUUGUGUUCAUUAAACACCAGGAAACACCAAUGGUCAAAGCUACAAACCGGGAGCUGAGCUACAUCUUACUUGUGUCUCUCAUCCUCGGCUUCCUCUGCUGCCUGGUCUUCAUCGGACAACCAUCCACUUUCAGUUGCCUCCUGCGGCAAACACUCUUCAGUGUGGUCUUCUCAAUUAGCAUCUCCUCAGUCCUUGCUAAGACCUCUAUGGUCAUCUUGGCCUUUAAAGCCACCAGACUUAACAGCCCUUAUAGGAAAUGGUUGGGUCCUUCUAUCCCACGUAAUGUUGUAGGAUGUUGUUUUAUUCUGCAAAUUGUCAUUUGCUCAGUCUGGCUUUACAACUCCCCCCCUUUCCCAGCUCUGAGCGAUGACCCAGAAUCCCAUAAGAUAAUAUUUGAAUGUAAUGAAGGACAGAAACUGUUUUUCUACGUGACAUUGGGUUUUCUGGGCUGUUUGGCUAUGGUAAGUUUCUUUGUAGCUUUUCUUGCAAGAAAUCUUCCUAGGAGCUUCAAUGAGGCCAAACUGAUCACCUUCAGCAUGCUGGUGUUCUGCAGCGUCUGGGCCUCCUACAUCCCAGCCUACCUGAGCACCAGUGGGAAGUACACUGUGGCUGUGCAGGUGUUUGCAAUCCUGGCCUCCAGUGCUGGACUCCUGAUCUGCAUAUUUCUUCCUAAAUGCUACAUUAUUAUUCUGAGGCCAGAGAAAAACAACAAAAAACACUUGACAAGCAGAAGAGUAAAUAGGAAUGGCAUUUAA